AUUACAUAAAAUUGAGACCUUGAUUGUUAUUGUUUUUCAAAGACAUUUUUUAUUUUUUAAAUAAAAAAAAAUAGAUACCUUCGAAUGAAUUAAAAACGCGAGAGGGAGCAUUAUUCGUAUUCGUGUGUUUAGUGUAGAUGUAUUAUUGAUAAAAAGAGAGAAAGAGAUAAAAGUGUUGAGUACAAAAAACGAGUACUAAAAAACCAAACGAACCAGCUGACUGCUCCAGUCGUCAGCAAGACCGAUGGCCAGCACACAUCAAGAAAAUUAAUAUAAUAUUAUUUAAAAAAAAAUCAAGUAACAUAUCAAGAAAAAAAUUAUCAUUGCAAAAUUAAAUUACAUCGAAAAAAAAUUGAUAUGAAUCUUGACGAAUACUACGACGUCGCCUUUGACCUUGUCAAACAGGCAGGCGAUAUCAUUCGAGACAGAAUUAAUCGACCAAAAGAUAUAAUGAUUAAAUCUUGUGAGGUUGAUCUUGUUACUGAAUCUGAUCAGCAAGUUGAAAAAUUAUUUAUGGAUGGAAUAACAGCAAAAUUUCCAGAUCAUCGAUUUAUCGGUGAAGAGACAACAAGCUCGGGUGAAAAAGUUCAAUUAACAAAUUCACCAACAUGGGUAAUUGAUCCAAUUGAUGGUACAAUGAAUUUUGUACAUGCAUUACCACAUACAUGCAUAUCAGUUGCACUACUUAUUGAAAAGAUAACUGAAAUUGCAUUUAUCUAUAAUCCAGUACUUGAGCAAUUAUUUACAGCAAGACGAGGUCAAGGUGCAUUUAUGAAUGGCAAACCAAUCAAAGUUUCCGGCGAAAAAGAAUUAAAAAAGGCAUUAUUAAUGCAAGAGAUGGGAACAAGUAGAGAUCCAGAAAAAAUGAAAAUUGUAUUUGAAAAUUUUCAAAUAUUUACAUCAAAAGUUCAUGGAAUGCGAGCACUUGGAUCAGCAGCAUUAAAUAUGUGUAUGGUUGCAUUGGGUGGAGCUGAUGCAAAUUUUGAAUUUGGUAUUCAUAUUUGGGAUAUUGCUGCUGGUGAUUUAAUUGUACGUGAAGCUGGUGGUGUUUGUCUUGAUCCAGCUGGUGGUAAACUUGAUCUUUUAAGUAGACGUGUACUUUGUGCAUCAAGUAUAGAACUUGCUAAAGAAAUAUCAGUAUUGAUAUCUCAAUAUUAUCCAGAAAGGGACUGAACAAAAUGCCAAUUUUUAAAUGACUUAAAAAAAAUAUAUAUAAAUACUUGAAUAAAUACGACCAAUUUAUAAGUACUUAUAAGUCAAUUUAAAAAAAAAAAAAAACAAAUUAUAAAAUCAAUUAAAUAUAUAUAUUGUGGGAAUUUUUAAAUAAAUAUUAACGAAAAAAAAAAACUUAAUAAUUCAAAACUUGCUUAAAUGCAUUUUAAAAUGUCUUGAAAAAAAAUUAAUAAAAUAAUGCAUAAAGGGUUUUUAAUUUGUCAAUAAAAGAGACUUAUUUUUUUCCAUUGUACUUAUUAAAAUAAAAACCAAGUUAAAUAAUAAAAUACAAAAAACAAAAAU